GCCAUCAUCAGCAUCAACUUCCACCUCUUGAUCUUUCUCUCUCCCUUCCCUUGCUCACUUUCCUUCCCCCCUCCCUAGACAGACCUCAUUACACCAUCGCUUUGUCCGAUUACGGCAUUCGCAACUCGUCCGCCUUCUGCCGACCUACAUAUACCCAUCUCAAUCACCCUUCCUUUCGUUUCGAACCCCACUAUCGAUUUCAAUCUCUGGCCCGCUCCGUCAACAUUUCCGACACGCCCUGCUGCCCUUUCUCCCCUUCCCCAACCUAAUCGGGUACAUCAAACAAUCCUGGAUUAAUGGUCAACUCCGUCAGCCCUGCGUCCUAGUCAGCUGCCUCUCUCCUCUGGUCGCCGUCACCUCGUCUACCCCGCACCCUGGCUCCCCCUCUCUUAACCGCGGAGGGCUCCUCUCGUGCCCGCAUUCGACCGGUUUGCGAAAAUCACCCCGGAUGACCCAACAACGCAAGACCAUCGCCGUCGUGAACGCGACCGGCCGCCAGGCCGCCUCGCUCAUCCGCGUCGCCUCCGCCGUCGGUCACAACGUGCGCGCUCAGAUCCACUCCCUCAAGGGCAUCAUCGCCGAGGAGCUCGAAUCCCUCCCCAAUGUCACCCUCUUCCAGGGUCCGCUGCUGGGCAAUGUCGCCAUGAUGGAUGCCCUCUUCGACGGCGCCAACCUGGCCUUCAUCAACACGACCUCCCAGGCCGGUGACGAGAUCGCUAUCGGAUGCGCCCUCGCCGACGCCGCGAAACGCGCCGGCUCCAUCCAGCACUUUAUCUACAGCAGCAUGCCCGACCACUCCGUUCAUGGCCCCUGGCUCCCUGUGCCGCUCUGGGCGCCCAAGUUUACCGUCGAGAAUUAUAUCCGUCAGCUGGGUCUGCCUGCUACUUUUGUCUACGCCGGGAUCUACAACAACAACUUCACCAGUCUGCCCUACCCCCUGUUCCAGAUGGAGCUGCUGGAGGAUGGCAGUUUCGAGUGGCACGCUCCGUUUGACCCGGAAACACCGCUGCCGUGGCUCGACGCCGAGCACGACGUGGGACCGACCCUAUUACAGAUCUUCAAAGACGGGCCGCAAAUCUGGCACGGACAUCGAAUCGCCCUCACAUUCGAAACCCUCACCCCCAACCAAGUCUGCGCAGCCUUCUCCCGCGCCCUCAACCGCCCGUGCCGGUACCUCCACGUCCCCAAGAUCGAAAUCAAAGUGAACAUCCCCACCGGCUACCGGGAGCAGCUAGAAGCACUAGAGGAGGUAUUCGGGCGCUGCAACGCGCCCUACUUCCCGCAGCCCGAAUUCUCCCGGCCGGCAGCGGGGUCGCCCAAGGGUCUGGGGCCCGCCAAUGGCAAGGGUGCCGGAGCCGGGAUGAUGCAAGGGCCUGGCGGGGUGAUCUCACUGCGCGUUACCGACGAAGCGCGCCAUCUGUGGCAGGGUUGGCGCGAUAUGGAGGAGUAUGCGCGGGAGGUGUUUCCUGUGGAGGAGGAGGCCAAUGGGUUGGAUUGGAUGUUGUAGGGUGUUUUUACGUCCUGGUUUUAAACUGGGUUUAAUGCAUUGCUGGCGAAUGGUUUUCUACUUGUGGUUUGAGUUGAAAAAAAAAAAUGAGGGGAAAUGCGAAAAGC